GUCCAAGAAGUUACCUUCUUAUAUGAACAUUUAAAGAGGUGGACUGUUUUUCUUCUUCUCUUGGAUUAUAUCAAGAACUGUCAGAUAGACAAAGUUUUAGUGUGGACUUCGCUUAAGUGGUUCGAUAUCAAUUGGGGCAUAUCCCUCCUACUUUCAUAGCUUGCCGAUUCUUCCACCCAUUUCAUCGUCCUUGGAUUUGCAUCAUCCGUCAUCAUUUUUUGAAUACCUUACGCUAGCGAUUUUCUUUGAAUCCAGUAUCAUCAUGGAGGUUUAUGCCCGUGACUUACCCACGGCUGGAACUCAACUGGAAACCAAGCUUGCACUGAUCACUGCGGUUUCUCAAGUCAUCCAUCGUCCCCCAGUGCUCAAGUCCAACGAAAUCAGAUCCAACUUCCAGGUCGACGUCCGCCCACUCACCCACCCUCAAGCCCACUCACACCUCCAACCUAGCUUCCACCCCACCCAUACCAAUCGAUCCCAACGACUUAUCGCCACCCUCACCUUCCCAACCUCCGAACUGGGCCACAGAUUCUUGUCUGCCGUCGUCCGUAAUCCAGUCAAGAUCUUCAACAAUCUAUCCCCCAUCCAAUUCGAACCCUCACUCAGGAAUGGUCGAAGAAUCAUCCCGCACCCUCAACUGAUCAAGAGCCUCAAAGAUUCUAGAUUUAAAGAGACAACUGAGGUGAUCCAAGAGUUAAAGGAACUAGAGUUGACUCAAAAACCAAUCCCAAUCAGUCUCAUCGAUUUUGGCCGAACCUGUCAACACCUCAACAAACCGGCAUUCUCAUCAGAAUAUACGCUCUGUUUACCCUCAGAAUCAAGUCAAUUAACAUUCGACAUUGAUCAGAAAUUCAUCUUGCUAACCUGGACCACUCAAGAACGAUCCAAGAAGAUUGUCAUCCAACUACAGACCUUACGGAAGAUUGAAGCUUGUUCACCUUGGGUCAUCCUCGAACUUGCAAGACCACCUCAGUUCGAAGAGCUCGUGAAUAAGAUCCCUUCUUACUUCACUGGGCCUCUCCCACCUCUGGAUAAACAUGAUGCUGGUCCACGAAUUCGAGUGCAUGGAUACCCACAUACCAAGGCAGAUGUCUUCCCGUUUGUGAACAACCAAAUUCGAAUCCAAUUUGCCAGUGAAACUGCAUUCCAAAACUUCUGCUCCUUGAAAGUUGCUGUCCCUUUACCCAAAAUCAUCUCAUUCAGUCGGACGAUCGUCGAGAAAGAUCACUAUGACCCGGAGAGGAUCAAGGCGAUUCACGAAAACCUUGUCUGUUUUACAAUCCCAGUGGCCUUUCAAAUCGAAUCUCUUCUCCACAACUCGAUCCUUCUACCUUACCAGAUCCUGCGCGUAUGUCAAGCCCUGAUGGGCAUCGAUGAGUGUGUGGCUGAAAGAGCUCUCGUGCAAUUCAUUGAGAAGUACAGCGAAAAUAACCAAGGAACUAAGAAUGGGCUACAGGCUUCUAAACCGGUCUAUUUACAAGUCCUCCAAGAAGCUCUGAAAGCGAGUGCACAAGAGGCCAAUUUGAACCAUCUGAAGAUAGAAGGCGGCGAUUCUUUCCCCUGUCGAACGGUCACCAUCACACCGACCAGACUCUCUCUUCAAGGCCCCCAAAUCGAGCAGUCUAAUAGUAUCCUGAGGUUGUACCAACAAACCGAAAACUUUCUGAGAGUCUCCCUAGCCGAUGAGACCGGCCAUCGACUCAGGGCGAGUCGGGAAGUCGAAAUCCAUCAUCUACUUCGCAAUCGCUAUCGGCCAUUCUUGACGAAAGGAAUGAUCCUCUGUGGUCGGAAAUUCGAAUUCUUGGGGUACUCCAAUUCUGCACUCAAAGAUCAUCAGGCUUGGUUUGUCUGUCCAUUCUACAAGGGCGAUCAACUCGUCACUGCCGCCUCGAUUCGCGCCAAACUUGGAGAUUUCAGCAAAGUCAUCCGGAUUCCUGCUCGUUACAUGGCCCGAAUCGCACAGGCCUUCACUUCGACUCGCAGGUCACUAACCUUACGACCAUCUGAAGUCACUCGAAUGGACGAUGUCGAACGGAAUGGCUCUUGUUUCACUGAUGGCGUAGGGACGAUCUCAAAAGACUUGGUCGAUGAGGUCCAUAGGGUUUUGAAUGUCGGAAAUAUUCGAAAGUCGAUCAGUUCGACUUGUUAUCAGAUCCGAUUGGGUGGAUUCAAAGGAAUGCUAUCACUGGAUCCUACCCUCAAGGGGAAAGUGGUUCGGAUGAGACCUUCGAUGGACAAGUUCGACGCACCCGACUCGUUAACCCUUGAUAUCGCGGGGACUUUCACUAAGCCUUUGGUGGCUUAUCUCAAUCGCCCACUGAUCAAAUUACUCGAGGACCUUGGGAUACCCUCUGAGGUGUUUUUGAGACUACAGGAUAAGAUCAUUCGGAAGGUUGAAAACUCGCGUAGUAGUCCCAAACUAGCGGGCAAUUUGAUGCAACAAUAUUCCAUGGGCUCUGGGAGCGGGAUGCCUUCAAUGCUGCACAAGUUAAGUGAGCUCUUGGUUGAUGAUAGGGCCGUUGAGUCGGACUUUAUAGAGGAGUGCUACGAUUUGAUGACCGUGCAAUGCUUGAGAGACUUGAAAUAUCGAGGUCGGAUCCCACUGGAUAAGUCAUACACUCUGGUUGGUGUUGCGGAUGAGGACAACUUCUUGCCACCGGACUCGAUCUAUGUUUGUGUUCAAACCCCCAACAGUGCUCCUAUGUAUCUCGAAGGUUCAUUCGCUGUCACCAGAUCGCCCAGUCUCCAUCCGGGUGAUGUCAGAGUGGUCAAUGCGGUCGGAAAGCUGGACCCAAAGAGAGCGCCCAGGUUAAGUUCAUUGGUGAACUGCGUUGCGUUUCCAAUUCAAGGUGAAAGGUCCUUACCCUCUUGUUUAGGCGGCGGCGAUCUCGAUGGUGACUUGUUUACUGUGAUCGGCUUGCCUCAGCUUGUCCCGAAGCGCUCCAAAAUCCAACGAGCUGCGAGCUAUUCACCUCCGGAAAUGAGGAAGUUGGAUCGUGACUGCACGAUUGCAGAUGGAGCGGAUUUCUUCUUGGAUUAUAUUUCGAGUGAUUUGGUUGGGAUGAUAGCCACGAGACAUCUGCACAUCGCGGACCAAUGUCCUGAAGGCACUCUGAAUGAAUCCUGCAUUAAAUUAGCAGAGCUUCAUUCCGAUGCUGUCGAUUAUCCCAAGACAGGCGUCCCCGUCAACAUACGGUCUCUGCCCAAUCCACCGGUCAGAAUGAAACCGGACUUUAUGUGUCACGAACAUGAUAGCAGCAAGGAGGGUGAAGAUUAUUACGAAUCACCCAACGUUUUGGGGAAGUUAUUCCGAGAGAUCCCGGCCGAUAAGAUCGAUAUCUUCAUUCCAGCGUCGAAGAUCGAUGACGACAUAGCCGAGCUGCAUCGAAUUCGGAGGACUGAGCGGAAGAAGUUUGGAGGGGUGUAUGAGCCGUUAGAUUCGAAUGACCGACUGAGCAAGCUGAUCGUGCGGAGGAUCAAGUUGAAGUAUCCGAGUUCAGAAGAGCAUCGCUCGAUCCUCCGGUUCGAUGACCGAUUGCGGGAGGAACUGAGGAGUCUGAUGGGCUGGUUUGGGGCGGAACUGAUGAAGAUCUGCAAGCUGAACAGCGUCUCGACUGGGCAGGCUGGCCAUCAUCUGGCCGAGUCGGAGGCCUUCCUAGGGGUGAUCAUCAUGCCCUGCGAUCGGUUCCAGAAACGGACGGCGUUGAGUCGGUUGCUUGAGCAGACUUCGGAGCUCUUUGGGUUCCUCAAGUCGGAGAUCAUCGGAAGCUCGGCUAGGAAGACCGAUGAGGAGCCUGCUGAAAUCGAUGAACUGGACGACAAUGACUAUCGGUCUGGUGAUUCCUCGGAGCGAACAGCUGAUAGGAAUGACCGAAUCUUCGCUCUUCAUCGCGCUUUCGUUGCCUGGACUGUGGCCACUCAUUCUCAAUCUAAUCUCUUUGGUACUCAUAGCUUUGGGUUUAUCAGCUUGGGGAUCUUGUUGAAUCAGCUCUUCUUGGAUUGAAUACAUCAUCCCGUCUCCUUCUCCUUUUGUUUCUCUUGACUCAUCAUGGAAUCGUUGUUUAGCUUUACACAUAGUAGGAUACGCUUGCUUUUUUUUUGUAAUACCAUCCAUCAUCCUUUUUCUUUUAUUUACUGGGUUAUAUACUGUUUUUGAUCGUUACAAACCCCUUUCUUUUCUCGUCCUCUGAGAUACAUACACAUUUCCGCUUUGAUUCUUCCAUCACUCUUGAUGUGCCAUCUAGUCUUGUUGGUUUUUGUUCUCCAGCUUUCCAUGAUUUCUGUAUGAUGUAGGGGUUUUUUUUUUUUAUUUUAAUUCCAAUGAAAAUGUGUGAUCAUGAGCUCGUGAUCAGUGGAAGCUGAACUUAACCUUUGAGCUGUAUGUGUAUAGUUUUCUCAUCGCUUGGAGUUUGUUGUAAUGGAUGAAGCUGUUGUCGUGGCACUGUGUAAAUUAAAUGGAUGGCUGUUGAUUGGUUACACAGGCUGUACAGUUCCGGG